AGGGGUUACGGUCUAUUCUAUACGUCAUAAGUUGUCGACAGCAGUCGCGACUUUGGACGCCAUUUCAUGAACAGAAGUCACAAAGUGUUUUCUUCUGAAGGUGGUUUUGCAUAGACAAUGAAUGAAGAUGUGAAAAUCCUUGAUGGUGGUCUGGCAACUGAGUUAGAAGCAGAUGGCUUUCAGAUACAGGGAGACCCAUUGUGGAGUGCUAGGAUUCUUCAGAGCAAUCCUCAAGCUAUCAUUGAUGUGCAUUCAAGGUAUCUCUGCAGUGGUGCAGAUAUUAUUACCACAGCUACUUAUCAAGCAACAGUUGAAGGUUUUAUGAAGCAUCUGGAACUGAAUGUACAGCAAGCUGUAGAGGUUAUACAGUCUGGAGUGACACUUGCUAAGAAAGCUGUAGAAAAGUUCUCUCUGAACUGCAAAAGUAAAGGUAGGAGACCACCUCAGGUUGCAGGUUCCAUUGGACCUUAUGGAGUUUUCCUUCAUGAUGGCUCAGAGUACAAUGGGAACUAUGUCGACACAAUAACUUUGGAGGAGCUAAAAGCAUGGCAUCGACAUCAAAUGCAGUGUCUGGUGACAGCAGGUGUGGACAUAAUAGCUAUGGAAACCAUUCCAAGCCAGAAGGAGGCCGAAGCAUUAGUAGGGCUGCUUAGAGAAUUCCCUAACACCAAGGCAUGGCUAUCUUUUUCAUGCAAGGAUGAACGUCUUACCUGCCAUGGGGAACCAUUUGAGGAAGCUGUCAAGUUAUCAGCCAAGUCAGAGCAAUUGGUAGCCAUUGGAAUUAAUUGUUCUUCCCCUGAAUUAAUAAGUCCUCUACUGACAUCUGCAGAAAGAAGCAAACAUCCCAGCAUAGACUGGAUUGUGUAUCCUAACAGUGGUGAAAGCUGGGAUGUCAACAGCGGCUGGCAAGUAUGUUCUUCUAAGAGAAGUCUUGCUUCAUUAGCAAUGGAGUGGAAACAAAUGGGUGCUACAUGGAUUGGUACUGGAAUGGGAUACAGGAAACAUGGAUACAAGCAUGGUACUGGACUAGGGCAUGGGAAAGAUGGAGAUAAGCAAGGUACUGGACUGGGGCAUGGGAAAGGCGGAGAUAAGCAUGGUACUGGACUAGGGCAUGGGAAAGGCGGAGAUAAGCAAGGUACUGGACUGGGGCAUGGGAAAGGCGGAGAUAAGCAUGCUGGACUUGAUCAAAGUCUAGGAGAGAGGGCUCGCUGUUCCUCCUACAGUGGUAAAUGUCGAAGGAAAUGCAAUCAAGAUGAGAAGGAGACACAUCAUCGCUGCGGUUACUUCAAAAAUAAAUGUUGCAUUUCUGCCAUACCUGUUAGGAAGAUUGGGAAAUGAACAAAUUUGCUACAAUAUUUCCAUUUACAUGCAGAGAAUAUCUUUGCCACAGAAAUAACACAUUUCACUGUGUCUUGAGCAUGUUUUUCUUCUGUAAAGUUAACUACUAGAAAAUUAUUUUGACUUAGGUCAAUGUGAAGUCAGCCAUUCAGUUAUUAUCAGACAAAUAAAUGUUUCCAGCUAAAUGUUUCAGACUACUUGAUCAUUUAGCUUUUGUUGUAGUACUGACAAUAAAAAUGUGUUCUUAAUUGUU